AUGUUUCGCGGCGUUGGAGCAGCAGCUCGAAGCGAAGCGUUUACGGACCCGAGACGAAAACAGACCAUCAUUAAUCUUUUGGAUGUUCUGGGCAAGCUUAGCAAUGAGGCAUCUUCAGACAACGAUGCCAACAUUCCCUCUAAUUUCGAAGAUGACCGAGACGUCCCUACUGUGGAUGAAACUACGUUGCUCGCUGUUAACAGUGUUUUCCUAGUAUUGGGCUUCGUGUCUUCAGGAGUACAAAGGUUUCAAUUUCGGUAUCCAGCGGUGCAGCGUUAUAUCCAUGAUUUGACGUCAGAAAUUGGGGAGCCCAUUGACAACAUCGCGGUCAAUCUAUCGACGUUUAUUGAAAUCGGCGUACCAACGAUUGGGUUCGCCCAGCAACAUGCAGCAGCAAACCUGCUAAACUUGUCGACAGUCGCGAUGUUCUUCUCAGCUGUGACAGCAACGACCUUACAAUUCUCAUACCAUAUAGCAGCCGCAGUGAACGAUCUCCUUGGUCUCACCUGGAAGCAAGCUAACCCCAACCAUUCGACGCGUUUCGAUCAGGUGGACGAUGCCGACAAUAUUGCCUUCACGCCACCUACGCUGGAGGUUCCGUAUUUUGCCCUUGAUACCCUGAAACGUUCCUUCAUAUGUGCUAAUUCGACGAUCCCAAUUUCGCAGCUCCGAAGGUUAUAUCGUGCGUUGCCUGACUCCGAGGUGCUCGAGGAAAUGAUCACUGUUGCAGUGACUUCAUAUUUUCCGCCAUGCCAUGAUGGGCGGCCCCCACGAGCAAAGACCUUAGACUUUUCCUUAUCGCCUCGAUACCUACCAACACCUGGAAAAUCACAAACGGGCAUACUCCCCGCUGAUUUCGUCUCGAGGCUAUUUCAGAAGGCAAUCUGGACGGAAUCUACGUCACGCAUUGUGUCUGGGCUGAUAUAUACUCAAUACAAUGUUGCAAAGGAGUUUGUCGUGUGGUUCAAUUCGGGAGCUUGGACGACUAUUCCGCUUGAACCUCUGCUACCAGCAGUGCAUGCUGUUUUGAGUUCCCUGGAUGGUGACGCUAUUGAUUUGUUUCAUGGUAGCGUCAUGACUGCGCUCUUUGAUCUUAUGUUGCCUCAGCGUCGUCGCCCUGAAGGCCUGAACGUUCCUGCUAGAGAGGAUAUGCAACCUGCUGCUGACCGAUUCACCCUCGAAAGAGUGCGCAUUGCCUCUCGCUUGUACUCAUUUUCUCUACUGACCGAUCUCGUGACAAAAUUGAGCGUGGACUGCAAUGGGCCCAAUGAACAAGGAUUCAAGGCAAAGGCUUACUUUGUAGAGCCUCUAUUGACCGCCACCAUCCAGAACCGACUUGCUGAUGCCGCUGCUCUCGAUGAUGGCUGCAGUGCUCACUCCUCAAGCUCUGCAGAAUAUACUUCCCAGUUUGAUGCAGUGCGUGGAUCCCAUAGUACCCUUGCUGGGCCUAUUCAUGUUAGCAUUGGCGUGGAAAUCUGUGGAGCUUUCGGAUAUGCAAGAAAAGCAGCACGCGCUGUAUAUCUUCAACCUCCUGAAGAACCUAAUCAAACCCUCAUCCGAUGGUCCUCUCUUACGAUUGCCUUCGCACGCAUCAUUGAUUCAAUCUCACGCUAUUCGUGGGGUAUUUUAUCCUUCUGA